AUGGAGGAGAAUUUAAAGAGAAUCGACGGGGAACGAAAUCAAGAGGAGAAAAGUUUCUUCGACCCUACCUCUUGGCGGAGACCCGAGUUUGUUUCGACCUGUUUGGAAAACGAGAAAGUUUGUAUCUCCAUUGGACUCUGCGGUCUUUCUGCAGUAUUCUGGGUGGUAGCCUGUCUGUUGGUCGUGUGUAAACGAUGCAGAACGAAGCGCAGGAAUGUCGGCGACACUGCGGACAGUGCGCUUUACUGCUUUCUGGGAAAUUUGAGCGGUACCGUGGGGGCCGUCAUGUCCAUCCAGCUGACGAUCCAGGUAUUUAUGGGUGGGCUGCUGACGAUACUGGAUAUUCUACGCUUCAUUUUCAUAAUCAUACCCUUCAGUGGCAGAACCGAAAGUAGGAUAAAGGUCAUGAGGAAGAGGAGGAGGCAGAAUAUCUUCGUCCUCUCUCUCCCCUUGGCUUUGGGAAUAGGCCUUUUCACGUUUCAUGGCCUGUAUCAACAGCAAAGUGACAGCGCGCCGGUCAGGAGACGACUGCUCGGUUUAGUUUUACAGGAUAAUUCUGAAAUAUUGGGUUAUGCGCUUGGCCUGCUGUCUACUGUGAUUGGCUGGACUUCGAAGUUCCCCUCUCUUACUAAAGCUCAUCUCGAGAAGAUGACCUCAGCUGUGCACGUGUCCUUUGGAAUACUGUGCGUGCUCGCUAAUGUCCUCUACGGCUCAGCCAUCCUGGUCUACGACGCGCGCACCGCGUCUGCCCUGAAGGCGUUGCCGUGGUUACUCAACUGCUUCGGCUGCGCUGCCUUUGAUGUCGUCAUCCUGGGGCUGUCCUGUUUCAGAAGGCACAGGGGGUGGUCCUGGGACCCCACAGACACACAGUCCCUGCUGGAGGACUCUCCUCCUGAACCCCCCAGCCCAACGCACCCAGAUUCGAGAAGGCCGUCCCUGCAGACGCUUCGCAGCAAAAAAUGCGUGAAGAAGACCGCAGAAAUCGGUCGCUACAUGGACAUCAACAUCCAGCCCGUCCAGCCUGUGCCAAAGGUGUUUCUGAAGGAGGUGAAGAUCUCCAGGGAGGGCCGGGCUGGCGGUCUGCUGCUGAAGAGAGCGCAGAGGGAGGUGAAGGAGGAGGACCCCUGCUCCUCGGACAGCUCCUCCGCCUCCUCCUCCCUCCACCCGGAGCUGGAGUGGGACUUUGGAGAUGCGAACGCCCACUGGAACAAAGUGCCAAAGCCGCAGAAAAGGAAGGAGGUUUUCGCCCUCCGGAAUUGGAGGGUUCAGCUCGGGACAAACCCUGCCAGCCAAACAAAGGCCGAUUCUGUCAAGAGCGUCGGAAGCGUGGAGACGAGAAGCUGUGCCAUCGCAGUUGACCAACAAGUGGCAGCUCCUGGCACUUUGCAGCCAGUGGAAAAUGAAGGACCAAUCGGACAGCACUUUGCAGUCAAUGGCAAAUGAAUGACCAAUGGGACAACAGCUUGCAGUCGAUGGUAAAUGAAUGACCAAUGGGACAACAGCUUGCAGUCGAUGGUAAAUGAAUGACCAAUGGGACAACAGCUUGCAGUCGAUGGUAAAUGAAUGACCAAUGGGACAACAUCUUGCAGUCAAUGGUAAAUAAAUGACCAAGAGGAGAACACUUUGCAGUUAAUGGUUAUUGCAUGUGGUAUUCACACCUAAACUGCUUUGCUAAAUUACAUUGAAGGCAAUAAAAAGUGUUAACAUAUGAAA